AGUUUCACCACCAAAAAGAUGAAAUCUUAGAUAUAAUACUUACGCAUAAAUCUGUGCCUCUUUUCUAUUUACAAACGCAAAUUGCAAUAAUAUGCUGAUCGAAUGCUUCAAUAAGAUUUACUCGAAGUACAUUAUUGUCUUUCAAUUAAACUCCAUUUAUUUUUAACAAUUUAAUCAUCAUUCAAUCGAAAAUAUCCGACAGAUCGGAAUAGAAAAUGUCGACGUUCCCCGGGCUUAUCGAGGAGAUACCAGGCAUCUCAGUGGAUCGUUUCGAUGGGAAGAACUUCGACUCUUUCGCGUACUUCCUCAGCCAUUAUCACGUAGAUCACAUGCAAGGCUUGAACUAUGAGUUUUUCGCACAUUUGCAGCAGUGCAACAGGUACCUCUACUGCAGUCGCAUCAGCAAAAUUUUCCUGAGCUCCGUCUAUCCGGAAAUCUGCAUCAGAGAACUCGACCUUAACGAGAGAAUAUCCGUGGAAUAUGGAGACACUAGUGGAACUGCAGAUAUUCUCUUCGUAACGUGUAUCUCCGCCGGACACUGUCCGGGUUCGGUGAUGUUUCUCUUUGAAAGAGCCGACAAAUCGAUCCUGUACACCGGCGACUUCCGAAUCAAUUCGUCCGAUUUCGCGAAAAUAGCACCACUGCAUCUCCAUGGCGGUUUCAAGAAACCGUCGCCGAGAAAACUGACGAAAGUGUACCUGGAUACAACGUUCUUGGAUCCUGAUUUCGCCACAUUCCCGACCAGAAAAGACAGCAUAAGCGUGAUGUGCGACGUUAUCGCGAAUUGGCUGGCGACAGGCCCGAGGAAUAUCGUCAUCCUGGAAUGUUCCGCCAACUACGGCCCUGAGUUCCUCUUCAUGGAGUUGUCGAGAUUUUUUAGCAAACCUAUUCAUGUGAAGAGAAACGUAUACAACAAUUAUUGUCGCAUCCCGGAUUUGAGUUGUCAUAUUACAAACGAUCCGUCCACACCCAUACACGCUUGCAUGAGCAAAAGGGAGGCACGUUGGGGUUUAAAGUGCCGUCCUGACGUUCUGAAAAAGCACACACUGACUGUCGUACCGUCCACGUGUAAGUGGAAAGGAAAGGAUACGAGCGUGAUUGGUACGUGGGAUGACGUUAGGGAAAGGACGUUUAAUCUGUGUUUCUCCAUGCAUUCUUCUUUUGAAGAGCUUAAGGCGUUUGUACAGUAUUUCAAGCCGGACGAAAUAUUCCCUUGCGUUUGUCCCAAACACUUAGAACGGUAUAUAUACGAUCUUCUGGAGGAAAUCAAAAGGAAACCUGAAGAAGAGAAGAAGGAUGUCGUUCAGGAAGAUGAAAAGUAUACGUUGCAAGUUCUGAAGCACAAAGAUAUUGAUAAAUCUUGGAUGAAAGAUUAUUGAUAUAACUUUGUGAUUAUAGACGUGAUAUGUAAAUAGCGAUCAAGUUCAUGAUAUUGAUCAUGUGAUUUUGUUAUUAGUAUCAAUUUUAAUCAAUUAUAUAUUGUCAGUUAAUUAUAUAAAUAUA